UUGCCGAUCUUGUGUUACUGUAGUCGGAGGGGAUCGCCGAAGAGGGGCGUCGCGAUGAGGGGGGCGAAGCGGCCGAUCCACGCUCUGGCGGCAUGGGUGAGGCGGCAGCCGCCGAAGGUGAAGGCUUUCCUCGGCGUGGUGGCGGGCAUGGCGGCGCUCGUCUUCCUCCGCUUCAUCGUCCACGACCACGACAACCUCUUCGUCGCCGCCGAGGCCGUCCACGCCAUCGGCAUCUCCGUACUCAUCUACAAGCUCUCCAAGGAGCGGACCUGCGCCGGACUUUCAUUGAAGUCUCAGGACUUAACAGCUUUGUUUUUAGCUGUCAGACUGUAUUGCAGCUUUGUUAUGGAAUAUGAUAUGCACACAGUGUUAGAUACCGCCACACUUGCUACUACUCUUUGGGUUAUUUACAUGAUACGGUUUAAACUGAAGUCGAGUUACAUGGAGGACAAGGACAACUUUGCUAUAUAUUACGUGGCAGUGCCUUGUGCUUUGUUAGCCCUUGCAGUUCAUCCUUCAACCUCACAUAAUAUCUUCAAUAGAAUUUGUUGGGCCUUUUGUGUUUAUUUGGAAGCUGUGUCAGUGUUGCCCCAGUUACGUUUAAUGCAGAACACCAAGAUUGUAGAACCAUUCACGGCUCACUAUGUUUUUGCCUUGGGGGUUGCAAGAUUUCUCAGUUGUGCUCAUUGGGUCCUUCAGGUCCUGGACACUCGGGGACGCUUGUUGACAGCUUUGGGUUAUGGUUUGUGGCCGUCAAUGGUUCUUCUUGCCGAAGUUGUUCAAACUUUCAUCCUUGCUGAUUUCUGUUAUUAUUAUGUGAAGAGUGUUUUUGGUGGACAACUGGUGCUACGGCUUCCGUCCGGUGUAGUGUGAUCUUCCACAGGACGCCUGGUGCAUAUGAAUUCUUUGUGCAUAGUGUAAUUCCUCUUCUCGCAAAACUAGUGACCACUAUGGAUUCUCACUUGUGAUUUAUUAGACCUUAAAUAGUGGGUAGAGUUUGGUUGUUACCUGUCUGUCGGUGCUGUGUAGAGCAUCAUGUGAACUAUUACAGGAUACUAUAUGCUUGCAAAAGACUUCCUGGGUAGCUUCAUCCUUGUAAACUUGUCACGUCAAGCUUGUGCCCUUUGUGCUAUGUCUUCAACAUGGCUUGGCUCCAUUUUUCUUUCGUGUUUAAAGCUGAUUGUGAAUUGAAUUUAUCAUGUAUCUACGAAGCAAAUUUCUUU